AUGCCCUCUGGGGAAGUUCAAACGGCGGACAUCGUCCGGGAUGCAUUUAGCCAAGGUAAACAGGUGUAUGUGCCCUAUAUCUACCAACUAGAUCCUGUGUCUACGCAAGGAAGGAAGUCUGUGAUGGAGAUGCUGGCACUCCGUUCAAUUGAGGAUUACGAGUCUCUGCAGCCAGAUAAAUGGGGUAUCCCUUCGCUGGAUGCAGGCUCACUUGCUACAAGAGAAAAUUGCUUUGGGGGAUAUGGACUUCGAGGGCUGUCUCAUCCUUCCACAGAGACAAGUAAGGCUGGAUUAGAUUUGAUUGUCGUGCCAGGAUUAGCAUUUGAUGAAAGCUUCGGAAGACUCGGCCAUGGCAAGGGCUAUUAUGACCAUUUCUUCAUGCGAUGUCGAGACGACACCACAAGCACAAGUCGAAAACCGUAUCUCAGUAAGUAUCUCUUCCCGGUUCUUUACAUAUAUCGUCGGCUCAUUCAAGCUAUAGCUGCUCUGGCUCUGCAAGAGCAAAUUCUUCCUCCUCCAGAACGGGUUCCAGCCGGGGAACAAGAUUACCCAGUAGACGUGCUAAUCGCGGGUGACGGACGGGUACUGAAGCGGGAAUAG